CUGGAGAGUGGGUUCAUAUCGAAUGAGGAGAGCAAACAGAAACUGCUACCCAUUAUGUCCACGUUGUUAGAGGAGCUCAAUGCUACUGGAGCCUGCACCUUGCCCAUCGGUAUGUGUGUGCAAUUGCAAUUUGUGAGACAAUCGUUUAAAGGUCAAACCCCAAUAUCUCAGUUUCACACAAGCUUCUUCCCUCCCUCUUAUUCAGAUGAGUCCAAUACAAUCAACCUGAAGCUGAUCGAGCAGAGCAGGGACCCUCUGACCGUGCAGGAGUACAAUGUGCCUGUCUUCACUCAGUGCAAGGACCACUUCAUCAAAUCCCAGUGGGAUCUCACCACUCAACAGGUAGGCCUACCACCACACUGAUAGCAGCUCACACAGAUACACCCAUGGCUCAUCCAUAGUGAAAGCUAGCCCAAUGUUGGACUAAAGGAGCCUAACGUUACUUCUUAGUCCAAGGACCUUACAGGCUCUGUUUAAAGGGCGAAUUGGCUCUGCAAGCCAAAACAGCCAAAUUCUCCAUCAAAACCUGAAUUGAUUCUCAAUUGCGCUACGGUUCUAGAAACAUAAAUCCCUCUACUUUCAUAUCACAUCUAAAUAAUUUCACAAAUGCAAAAUACACACUUACUGUACACUGUUUAACUGUUUUUAACACAUUUGUAGCCAACAGUAUUUUUCAGUGACAACACGUUUGCGGCGUCUGCCUUCCGUUUACACAUAAGUGUUAGGAGAUGCAGAUGGCUAAUUAGCACAGGUAAUCCACUCUGUCUUCCGUAUCUUUUCCGUAAACAAGGGCUGUAACAUGGAAAUAUGGCCGUGUGGGAACCCUUUCCCUAUAAAGGUGUGUAUCAAUUUAACCUUUUGUUAUUUUAAAAUGAUUUCUCACCGAUACGAAAGUUAUGGUCCUUAUGCUUCCAAAACCGUACCGCAAGUGAUGCAUGUUAAUGUUCAGACCGAGCAUCGCGGCUCUUAACAAAACUCCCCCCUACAGUCGACGCCUUCGUCCCAUGACUUUUUUGUGUAAUGGAACUGAUAGUCAUGGGCUAACCAGAGAGCAUACCUACUGUAACGAGUGUGGCUGACAUCACAUCAAGGGUUUCAGAGAAACAAUGAUCUGUCUAUUCUUAGUGUAAUGUCAUCAUGAAACUGUCUCAGAUUAAAGCACUGUUGAACAUUUUGUAAAAAAUGUGUUGAAUUUUAUUGUAGAUCCUGGCCUACAUUGAUGGGUUCAGGCAUAUCCAGAAGAUAUCUGCAGAAGCGGAUGUUGAACUUAAUUUAGUCCGGAUCGCCGUACAGAAUUGACUGUGAGUAGUUUGAAACUGGUAAUAUGAUGCUACAGAAAAUGAAAUAUUUACCUAUGAAACCAUGGAAUAGAUUCUACCAGAUUUUUUUCUCUCACAGGUAUUAUGGUGUUGUAACCUUGGUGUCAAUAUUUCAGGUAUUAAAACCCUCAGUAAUGAUACCUUCUUUACAUAAUGUGUCUUCUUCAUGUGAAAUGUGUGUGUGUCUACAGUCCUGUUGACUCACAGUAUGUUGUGUGUCUCCAGUACUCCAAUGUGUACUGCACAACCCCUAAAGUCCAGAGCCUGAUAGAUGACAGGUCCAUUCAGGCGGAGUGUCUCAGCUAUGUCACCAAGCAUGGUAACAAUCAGUUUGGGAAGUUGUAGUCAGAAAGAGUUUGAAUUUAUUACAGUCAGUGUAUGAUAACUUCUGUUUCAGGACAGAAGAGAGCCCGUUUAAGGGAUGUGUUCCAGCUGUACUGCGGUCUUACUCCAGGCACCACUGUUUGCGAUCUUUGCUCCCGCUACUCGCAGCAGCUGCAGAGAGUAGAUGAGAGGUGAGUCAUCAAUCCUCCAUGAUGUUUAUGCUGCUGACAUGGACCACGAAGUAUGGUAUGAAUAUUUAUGCCGAGAAGUGUAUAUAAUAGUGUUAUUGUUGUUGAUAUCAUGUGAUGCUCAACAGGAGGCUGAUCCAUUAUGGGCUGAUGAAGGCUCUAAUUCAUUGGCUGCAGAAGUAUCCUUUUAAGGUGACCCGUGACGAAAGGAGCCGCCCGCCACGCCUUUACACUGGUUGCCAUAGUUACGUCGAAAUCUGCUGCAAGACAGGUACGUUUGAAGGCAUUUCUGAUGGCCAGUCACAUGAUUAAUGGUUUUAUAGUGAUGACGAGUGUGUCUAGGAGGAUGAAUCAUUAGACUGGAUAAGUAUUUUGAGAAAUAUGUCAAUACUCUGUGGUCUCUCUCUGCAGGAAUGAGCUACAAAGAGCUGGACGAGCAUUUGGAGAAUGACCCAAACAUCAUUGUGUGCUGGAAGUGA